AUGCUGUUUUUCAAAUCAUUACUUUUGUUAAUCACUUUAUUAACAACAAUCUCAAGUUAUGUUCUUGAUCGUGAGAACAAUGACAAUACACUGCAGAAAAGCAAUUCAUUGUUUAACUCAUCUAUUUCCAUAGCCAAUAAUUAUUCCUCUCUCACAUUAGGAGCUCAAGAAAAUGUCCAUAAUACGAUAAAGAAUGAUACAAAUAUCGUUAUUGUCAGUAAUGACAAUUCAACAAGUUUAGAUGAGAAACCUCAACCUCACAACAAAUUCUGGGGGUGGCUUGGUAGUCUUGCUAGCUGGGGAGGGAGGGCAGGAAGGGCAGGAAGGUCAGGAAGGUCAGGAAGGUCAGGGUCAGGGUUCUCAGGUAGUUCUGGGUCCUCAGGUAGUUCAGGUAGCUCAGGAAGGUCAGGAUUUUCAGGUUCAAGUGGAUCCAGUGGUUCGAGUGGUUCUAGGGGUUCAAGUGGAUCAAGUGGUUCGAGUGGCUCUAGAGGAUCAAGAGGAUCAAGUGGAUCAAGUGGGUCAGGUGGUUCAAGAGGAUCAUCUGGGUCUUCUGGUUCAGGUAGUGGAAGUCGUGGUUCUGGUUCAUCAGGUAGUGGUUCUGGUGGCUCAGGUAUUGGUCAAGCUAUAGCUGGUGGAGCUGCAGCAGGGGCCGCUGGUGGAAUAGUUUAUCAUUUUUUGAAUGGUAAUGAUCAUGAUACUAUUAGAACUGCUUAUUAUACAUCGCAAGUUUCAGGAGUUAAUCAAAGAAUUACCACUGUUCUUAACACAACAGCUAACUCAACAGCUACUAGUUCAGCAAAUGGUGCUGCUAGAAUGGUUCAUGAUUUUAAAAGUUUCCCUAACUAUGAUGGUAUUGCUUCAUUUACUAGUCCUGUUUAUUUAGGAUUUGCUUGUUUAAUAUUUGUUGUUUUCUUUCUGUUAUAA